UGAGUGAUCAAGAAUGCAGCAACAUCUUACAUAACAAACAUAAGGGAAUAAUGAAGAUGGGGGACAUAAGAGUCGAGGAUGGCACCGAAGAAAUACCCAUAUCGGGGCUAUCUGUUGUCUACGUUCAACAAGACUCUCCGCCAGACUUGAACAAUGCUGCGGCUAUCAACGACGGCUACAGCUCGACAGGGGACAUCGUAUUGCCAAUCAAAAAGGGCGCUGAAGACUUCAAGCGCGUCACGCUAGAGUGGCAGGACAUUAACGUGACGGUACCCAUAAAAAAAGGCAACAUCUGUAAACGCCUUUGCUGCAGAUCAGGCGAGGACGAUGGACCCCGAUCAAAGCAGAUCCUUUCCAACGUCACUGGUAAAGUGAGCCCUGGGACACUACUUGCUGUCAUGGGUGCAAGUGGAGCUGGCAAAUCGACAUUGAUAAACGUCCUCGCUCAUCGUAACAUCGGCAGUAUGCACGUGAGUGGUGUGGUGAAGGCAAACAACAAGACUCUGGGUUUGGCCAUCAACAGCAUCUCCGCGUACAUCCAGCAGGAAGAUCUGUUUAUCGGCACCCUCACCGUCAGGGAACACCUCAAGUUCCAGGCGUUAUUGCGAAUGGAUAGACACGUUCCUGAUAAGGAAAGAAUGCUUAAAGUGGAAGAGGUUUUAACCGAGCUAGGACUUCUUAAGUGUGCAGACACGGUGAUUGGUACACCAGGUCGAGUGCGCGGGAUUUCUGGCGGAGAGCAGAAACGCCUAAGCUUUGCUUCUGAGAUUUUAACUGGACCAUCUAUUCUGUUUGCGGACGAGCCGACGUCCGGCUUGGAUUCAUUUAUGGCGCAGAGUGUGGUGGCCACGCUACAGAAACUCGCGGCUCAGGGAAGGACUAUCAUCUGUACCAUCCACCAGCCCUCUUCUGAAGUGUACAACAUGUUCUCAAGUCUGCUUUUGAUAGCAGAAGGCCGCACUGCGUACUUUGGGGCCACGCGUGAUGCUAUUCAACAUUUUUCAAGCCUAGGGUACCCCUGCCCUCCAAACUACAAUCCCGCCGACUACUUCGUGCACACCCUUGCUGUUGUUCCUGAUGAUCGUCAAAACUGCCUGGAUAGAAUUAAGGCAAUAUGCAAUGCACACGACGCUCAAAAGAUCAUUCACCAUGACAAGUGUGAAGAUGAUUCUUUCGCACCUGAAGAGAAAGCAAUCUCUCACAAAAAGUACAAGGCGUCGUGGUGCCGUCAGUUCAGGGCUGUCAUGUGGCGAAGCUGGCUCAGCAACCAAAGGGAAGUUCUGAUGUUUCGAAUCAGGAUAAUGCAGAGCAUUAUCAUUGGUCUGCUCUGUGGAUUGAUCUACCUGGAUACCGAUGUCAAAGAGAUAGACGGCGUGAGCAAUAUUGCCGGCGCCUUGUUCUUCAUGAUUGUAACCUUAUCCUUCUCAAGUCUGCAGGCCGUCACGUUUGUGUUCCCAAAUGAGCUGCCAGUUUUCCUACGUGACCACCAAAAUGCCAUGUAUAGAGCGGAUGUCUACUUCCUGUGUAAGACUUUCGCUGAGGUUCCCAUCUUCAUUCUUUCUCCAUUUCUCUUAUGCGUCAUCCCUUACUGGAUGAUAGGCCUGCGUUCAGAGUUCACCCGGUUUCUAAUCUGCUUCCUCGUGUUGAUGCUUGUCACAAAUGCAGCUGUAUCCUUGGGGUACGUCAUCUCCACCAUGAUGAGGUCCACGACAGGGGCCAGCGCCAUCGCGCCACCGAUCCUCAUCCCCUUCCUCUUGUUUGGAGGAUUCUUCGUCCGGGCAGACUCGACUCCAGUUUACUUCAUUUGGAUCGCAUACUUGUCGUUUUUCAAGUACGGCUUUGAGCUGCUGAGUAUCAAUCAAUGGGAAGGCUACGGUACCAUAAGUGAUUGUGUACCGCUUAAAAAUAACACUUCUCCUUGUCUGCCAAAUGGCGAAAAAGUCCUCGAGUUUUUUGACGUUGAUAAGGAUAUGUACGCUAUCAACUUCAUCGCGUUGACCGUACUGCUCGUCGGAUUCCGCUUGCUGGCUUUCCUACUGUUACUGAGACGGACCAGCCAGAGGCAGUAACCACGUGACCAAAGGAGACCAAUCACCACUUGUCGUCCACCUCUUGGGGACAUUGUAAUUUUAAAAUAUGUAUUGUAACCAAUAACCAAUGUAUAUGAUAUGUAACAUGGGUUGUCUGACAUACAGGAGAAAACCCUGAUCAAAGUUCGGUGUCGUAGAUCAAGGGUCUGUAUCGUAUUUCAAUGGUCAGUGUCGUAGAUCAAGGAUCAGUGUCGUAGAUCAAGGAUCAGUGUCGUAGAUCAAGGAUCGGUGUCGUAGAUCAAGGAUCAGUGUCGUAGAUCAAGGGUGGGUGCCGUAGAUCAAGGAUCGGUGUCAUAGAUCAAGGGUCGGUGUCAUAGAUCAAAGGUGGGUGCCGUAGAUCAAGGAUCGGUGUCAUAGAUCAAGGGUCGGUGUCGUAGAUAAAGAGUCGGUGUCGUAGAUCAAGGGUCGGUGUCGUAGAUGAAGGGUCGGUGUCGUAGAUCAAGGAUCGGUGUCGUAGAUCAAGGAUCAGUGUCGUAGAUCAAGGAUCGGUGUCGUAGAUCAAGGAUCGGUGUCAUAGAUCAAGGGUCGGUGUCAUAGAUCAAGGGUCAGUGUCGUAGAUCGAGGAUCAGUGUCGUAGAUCAAGGAUCGGUGUCGUAGAUCAAGGAUCAGUGUCGUAGAUCAAGGAUCAGUGUCGUAGAUCAAGGGUCGGUGUCGUAGAUCAAGGAUCAGUGUCAUAGAUCAAGGAUCGGUGUCGUAGAUCAAGGAUCGGUGUUAUAGAUCAAGGGUCGGUGUCGUAGAUCAAGGAUCGGUGUCAUAGAUCAAGGGUCGGUGUCGCAGAUCAAGGAUCGGUGUCGUAGAUCAAGGGUGGGUGUCGUAGAUCAAGGGUCGGUGUCGUAGAUCAAGGGUCGGUAUCGUAGAUCAAGGAUCGGUGUCGUAGAUCAAGGGUCGGUGUCGUAGAUCAAGGGUCGGUGUAGUGGAUUAAGGAACGGUGUCGUAGAUCAAGGGUCGGUCAUAGUUUUCAAUAAAAUAUUGCAUGUUAUUUUAACAAGGCAUUGUCAGCUUAAAGUUCAACUGUUUGUUGGCAAUUCAAAGCCUACAAUAAACACUGAAUCCAGACAUGCGCAGUACCAUGACGCGGCCCCUUUAAUCGAUUGAAGUUUAAAAUCUAAAAAACUAUGUAAAUUUGCUUUAGAAAUAACAGUAAAUAAAUGUUAUAUAAAACAA